AUGAUUGCUUUAUUUCAGGACAAAUUCUCUGAAAACAGCAGAUAUAUUAACAUAAAUUGUCUGCUAAAGCCACCAAAGAAGAAAGGUUUGUCUCUUGAAGAGAAAAAACUCAAGUUGCUUGAGUUCUUUAAGAAAGAGCACAAUUUCUACACAAUCAAGGAGGUCGAGAGUCUUGGUUCCAAGUAUAUUGGUGUUAAUUCAAUGCAAAUGAAAGAAAUUCUUCAGCAUUUAAUUGAUGACAGUUUAAUCAAGUUUGAAAAAUGUGGAAUAACCAAUUUUUAUUGGUGUUUUGAAUUUGAUUUAACAAAGUCGAUCAAUAGCAACUAUUCAAAUUUAAUUAAGAGAAAAACAACUCUUAUUGAAAAUAAUCAAGUUUUAGCUGAAAAAAUCAAAAAAGAAAAAUUAUCAAGAGUUAACGAGUUAACAGCGAAUCAGUUGCUAAUGGUUAAAGAACAACUUAAAAUUAAUAAUGAUAAUGGAAACAAUGAUAUAAACAGAAAUUAUUUACUUGCUAAGGUCAAAGAAUUUAGCAAUGACCUUGAGAAAAAACUUCAAAUUUUAAAUGAUUACACAGAAAACGAUCCAAGAAAUUUAGAUGAAAAAAUUAAUCAAUUGACAAAAAUCGGUUACAAUAUCGAUUUAAUCACUGAUAAUAUUGAUUUACUAAUCUCAUAUUGGGUCAAUAAUAAAAAUUUAGAAACAUCAGCAUUGAAAAAGGAAUUUAAUAUUCCCGAUGAAUUUAUUGACUUGCCAAAUAUAAAUCAGUUUCUCAAUAAUUAA